UUCACCCACCCAUUAUCAUUGGUCCAUCUCCAUCCAUGUCAUCAUCCCACUACCAUUUCCAGAAUCAUCUACGAUAUUCUUUGCCUCUCAUUUUCCAGUAUCUUUUCCAAACAGUCAAGUGAAAAACGGAAUUAUUUUGUAGUUUCACUGAUUAAAUUCUCUGGCUAAAGCAGCAGAAGAAGCACAAUCAAUCAAAUAAACGGACCCUUAGUUUUACGUUCCAAGAUUAAUUUUUUCCUGUUUGUAAAUUAAUGGCUUUGAGGUUUUUAAAGAUGAAUAUUUUUGCAGCUUUUUGUUUGGUCGUGAUUGCGUUUCAAUUUACAAUAUCUGCCGCUUUGGUUGCUUCGCAAGACAUCAAUCCUCCCUACCCUAAAGCAAUAUCUGAUUUGAAGGAAGCGAUUGUGAAGGGAUUAGGUUUCCAAGCUGAUGAGUUUAAGAUAUCGGGGUUUGAUUUGAGGGACGCCUUAGUGGGAAGGUCGGUGGCAUAUGAAUUUGAUGUUGAGAUUGAUAAUAAAGUUUUUCCCUUUAAGCUUUUGGAGGACGUUAACCGAUGGGAGUAUGUGGACUUGCCCAUUUUUCGCGUAGAGGAUUCGGGUAAUGGGCUGGUGGAGAGACAGCGAUUGGAGGAUCAGAUGCCCGUUUUGGCCCCUUUCCAGUUGGCUGGUCCAAUGGAGCUAUGGAUCCAGGAUGCUAAAGAUAUGAGAAUUUCGUUGCCCCAUGAUGUGGAUGCUGGUGUGCUGAAGAAAGUGAUCUUAGCAGAUGGAGCUGUGGUCACUGUUAAGGGUGCCAGAUCAGUCAGCUUGCGUCAUCCAGUUGAGCUUCCACUUCCACUAAAUAGAACUAAUAAUAACUUUGCAUCUGGUCUUCUUUCACUAGCGGAGCGUCUUCAACAUGCUUCCCGUUCCCAAGGUGGUCCCCUCCUUUCACUUCGCAUUGUCGGCCCAUCGUCACUAACAUCCCCUACAUCCUCAGCCACCAGUUCUGGUAACAAGCUUAAGCUGAAGCGCCUUGCACCUGGACUCGUGGAGCUAUCGACAGCAUCCAAAAGGAAAUCCGUGCAAGCUGAUGCUUUAUCCACCAUUGGUCUCCAAGGAGAAGCCACUUCCCUUCUCACACCUGAUCGGUUCACCACAAUGUGGCCUCUUACAUCCAUCGAUGGAUGGAACCCUAACUUGCUUGGUUUUGAGGCAUUGCUAUCUUCUGUACUGGGUCCAAAAGCAAACACAGAGUGUUCGUUCAAGCUGUUGAAGGCAGAUGUUUCGGCACAGACUUUUAUGAAGAUAGGUUUUGGAGUUGAGAAGAAGCUGAGUAAGGGAGAUGGAUUUGACUGGGAGGGCUUUCCUGAGUGGAGAACAAAGCCUGAGACUGUGAGAAUGCACUUUGAAGUGUUGGCUAAGGUAGAUGGUGACAAGGUUGUGCCAGAGAGAGUGGUACAGGUCAAUCCUGUGAUUGCAGAGGAUAGUGUGGCACCAAGUGUGCUUGUGGGAAACACGACCAUGUCAAAGACUCAAAUUCUUAACCCACCUUCAAAUCCAUUCACUUUAUGAGCUCGCGUAAAGAACCCGUUCUUGGUGAAAGUUGAGGGAAAAUGUGUGCGUGUUUUUUUCUUUCGACCUUUUGUUAUAGGCAUCCAGCAUGUUUAUCAAAUAAUGAGAUACAUCAUUGUAACGACUUGUACAAUAUAGCUAUUAAAGACAAUCUACUUGGUCUAAGUUGCACUUCCUGGGGGCAGUUUUUAAGCCA